AUGGCCGCGGCGCCGUCCACCUUUUCCGUUGGCCGUAAGGAUUUAUUCCCAUUUUUAUCCAUUCAAAAUUCUUCCUUUUCCUCAGCUUCUUCAGCUAUUGAUUUGAAUUUACAUAGUAGCGGCGGGGGGUUCGGAGGAGCAAGAAGUAUUUGUUUGAGGCUUAAAGGAUGCGGCUCAUCUGAGAAUAUUAAUAAGAAAAAUGAUAAAAAUGCCGGGUUUAGUAAUGCUGGGGACGGCGGCGGCGGCGGUGGUGGUGGGGGGUUUUGGCUGCAUAAGGCUAGGGUUGGAGAAUGCUUUGACGGCCAUGGUGAUGACGGCGGAAGGUGUCGGAAUGAUAGAGGAGGCUCCGUUGAAUUUCCUGAGGAUCAGCAUUUGCCGCCGGAGAAAAUUGCAGUCGCCGUUGAUGUUGACGAGGUUCUUGGCAACUUUGUAUCAGCUCUCAAUCGGUUUGUUGCAGAUCGAUACUCCUCAAAUCACUCAGUUUCUGAAUACCAUGUUUAUGAGUUUUGCAAGAUAUGGAACUGUUCUCGGGAUGAAGCUGAUACACGUGUUCAUGAGUUUUUUAAGACGUCUUACUUCAGAACAGGGAUUCAUCCAAUCCCAGGUGCUCGGCAGGCUCUUCAAAACUUGUCCAGAUUUUGUGAUCUGUCCAUAGUUACGUCCCGGCAAAUGCAAUUAAAGAACACACAAUUGAAUGGAUCGAGAAUCAUUAUCCAGGACUUUUUCAGGAGAUCCACUUUGGCAAUCAUUUUGCAUUGGAUGGAAAAUCCAGACCUAAAUCUGAAAUUUGCCGGACCUUGGGAGCAAAAGUUUUGAUUGAUGAUAAUCCAAGAUAUGCCAUUGAGUGCGCUGAAGUUGGAAUUAAGGUUCUUCUCUUUGAUUAUGAGAAUUCUUACCCUUGGUGUAAGACAGAGUCUGUUAACCAACACCCUCUGGUCACUAAAGUUUACAAUUGGCAAGAGGUGGAGCAUCACUUAGUUUCGUUGGAAAAAUCCUGAGAUUUUUUUUUAAUUUUUUUUUUUAUUUCUAGGAUUCCUAGUUACUCUUGGUUUAUAGUAAGUAUUUAAUAAAUUGAUUCUACUGGGAAGCAUCAGAGAAUAUCCUGAGAUGGGUACUUUCCUAUGUUAUUGGCUUUUGGCAAAGCAGCCAACUUGAUACUACUGGGGAAGUUGUGUCCUUGAUGCAUCAACCAAAGAAAGAGGAAGGUUAGAGGAAGACACUAUGAACUGCUUCCGAUAAGUGGUUUUUCCCCACUAUUUGGGGAUUGUAGGAGGUCAAUAUGGGUUUUGGCCUGUAAAAUUGCCGUGGCAAGGCCCAUUCAAGCAUCACAGCUAUUUCAUUGUAGGAGGAAAACAUGAAAUUUAGGCAUGCUUCUGUUCUUAGUAAACACUUUUGCACUUAUGGUUCAAACGGUUCCAAGGAUCGAUUGUACGGUUUUACGCACCAUGUUCAACAAGAUUUUACCAAUCCUUGGAUUUGCAAGCC